CUUUCAAUCACAUCCAUCGCCGCCAGCGAACUGCGUGCCUGACCCAAGCUUGGCUUGGCAAUAAUACCCAGCCCAAACAAACUAAUGCUGAUUCAUCAGGAUGGUCCAGUUCUUCUCGUCAGAUUCGUGAGGUGAGAAUGCCUAUAAAUAGCCAUACCUGCAUGUCGAUUGGCUAAAAGAAAAUCCCUUACCCUUGCGGAACCGAUUAUUCGUUGGGAAGCUUCUCGCCUAUUCUUGCCCUACAGCAGUCUUCGCUGACUGAUUUACUACAAAUCCAGUAUGCAGCGUUAUAGUCCCUCUCGGAACUGGUGGCUCUUGUUCGCGACCGCCUGCCGCUUGGACCCCGAUGCGCAGCAGUAGCUUUUCGGUCUCGAGACAAACAAGCAGCAGUCGAUCAAGAUGUUGGUGUGGCAGGAUGUGUUCACGGAGGACGAGGUGAUGUCGGACUCCAACAAGGUUCUUCCGUGCAAGGACAUGGAGGGCAACGAGGUGCCCGGUAUGUUCCAGGUCGAGUCCAAGACGGUGGCCAAGGGCUCGGACAACGUCGACAUCGGCUGCGGUGACGCCUUCGGCGGCGAGGAGGAGCAGAUUGACGACUCGGUCGAGACGGUGAACAACGUCAUCGACGACUCGAUCGGCUUCGGUUACAUCGAGACGGGCUUCGACACCAAGGGCGAGCUCAAGACGUAUCUCAAGUCGUACUUCCGUAAGACCAUGAAGCACCUCAAGUCGACGGGCGCCAGCGACGAGACGCUAACUCAGUUCAAGAGCGACGCCCAGGAGAUCGUCAAGUUCCUCGUGUCCAUGUUCAAGGAGCUGCAGUUCUACAUGUUCAAGUCGUGCGACUCGGAGGCCGGUCUUGCCUACGCCUACUACCCGGAAGGCGCUCUCGCCCCCACUUUCUGCUACAUCAAGUGGGGCCUCAAGGAGGUCAAGUUCUAAGCGCGUGCGAGCGCUAGAAAGGAAGUCUUACCGCUUCUUUUUCUUCUUGACCCGCGCAUUAAACUCUAAUUAAUGCCCCUUACUUCAUGUUCAAACUAGAUCUAUGUGUUUCUUACUUCAGGUUAUUUAGCGUUCGAUGACGAUGGCAACGACGCUGAGUCCCAGAACGGUAAACAGCACCGCCAAGAUCUUAAGAGUG